AUGCCGUACACCAGCCGAUCAAUAGAUUUCGAUGACUCCCCGACAACGGCUCCGCCAGAUUGUAGCUCGUCACCGCGGUACAAACGUACAACUACUGCGCAGGACUGCGCUAGAAGAGAAGACGACGGAGAGGGUGGGCGCACUACAGUGGAGGAUAGCGAAGAUGAAAGUGAGAGCGGUGAAGGCAAUGGUGGUUCCUCGUCUGCACACAGCAACAGCGUACAGAAAGCUAUGGCCAAACAGACGCGUAAACGCGUCAAUCCACCUACUAAACGCCUCGUACUCGACUCGAUCGUUGUGUCACACUGGAAGGAUAUAAGACCAAAUGGUCCGAAUGACGAAAGCACCGUGCCUUCGACGUCGCGUGUUCAAGAUGUGCCGUCGAGCUCAGCUCAGAGAGAGAAGACUGAGAAUAUCAAGCCUAGAUCCGUCCAGCGGACAUACUUAGAGCGAAGAACGAUCAAACCAAUCAAAGGCCUCCAUACCUCAGGACUGAAACGAAAGCGUUCUCCUACGAGGUUAGAAAUCGACCGUUCUCGCACUUCGUCUCCUAUUCCACCACCCAACGACGAUGACGACGGGGAUGCAAGUUCGGAUUACGAUUCGUCGUCCGAUGUUCUUCUACUGACCGGCAGACCUUCACGUGCAAGUUCUAGCAGGGAUGUCGAAAAGUAUUCCUCACCAAGUAGUUCUUCUCCUCCACCUCCUAACACUAAACCAUCGUCUUCUCGUCCUCGCCCAACCCUCCCCGUCUCACAUCGCGACAACGAACCAAAGACUAAACCCAGCAAGACUUCCAAAGGAUCAGAUUUCUACGCUUCCCUAUCAAACGCUUACAACUUCGCUCGACAAUGUGUGUUGGAGAAAAAGCCGACAACGACGAGACGUCCUGAGAAGAGUCAACCUUCUCGUUCUCAAUCAACUCUUUCUCUGCACCCUCUUGAACCGUCUCGAUCCAUUCAAGUGCAAAGCAAGUCUACCACUCCACAGUUGCAGUCGACUUCUCAGUCAUGCCAACCUUCAUCCUCAUCCUUACCCACACCUCCAGUUGCACACCAACGGUUUGCGUCGAAACCUCGCCAAACAUUCGCUUUCGUGUUGAUCCCACCUCCUUUGUUUCCCGUCCCUCGGGAACGGUACAGGAGUAUCUCAGAGCUUGAGGUGGAUGAGGAGGAAGAUGUGCAUGAAAGGGAGAAAGCGAAAGAGAUAAAAGAUCGAGAAGUUAGAGAGGAGAGACCAAAGCAAGGUGUUAAGAGAAAACGAGGACGUCCACCUAAACGAUCCCCAGACAAACAGUUUAGGGACGUAGCUGAACACUCUGCAACGGAAGAGGAAAGUGAGCAGGAAGAGGAGGUAAAACAGCGAGAGGGAUCGAGGCAGGGUAUUCUUUUAAAGAGGAAGCCUGGGCGUCCACCUAAACGAUCCUUGGAGAGGCAGGCGAAGAAGAAGGAGGAAAAGACUGGGCAGGAAGUCAUCUACGUCUCGUCCGAUAGCGAAGCGCCCGUAGCUGGUCCGUCGAAACGAGCGCCAACGUCGUCGACUCGUACUUUCAGCCGUUUUCGCAACCAUGGUGUCGAAAGAGAUGAUACGAUAGUUGUCAACUCGAGCACACGAGAUGACUGUUUUCCUUCGUCUUCGCUCGUGACGAGAAGAACGGGGACAGAGGAUGAAUCGUCAAGUCCGAAGCCAACUGCAAAAAGGACGAGGAAACGAAAACGCGUCGAACGAGUCAUCUCUGAAAGCCCUUCGGAUUCAGAAUCCGAAUUCGAUGUCGAAGCUAUCGAAGCAGCUUUACUCAACGCCCAUCCUGAUCGAAGAUCGACUCCACCACUUGGACAAAUACAAUCAAUACAGUCUCCUGAUCUCUUGCAACCACUAUCAACGAAGCCAAAAUCAGUAGCUUCCUCAGCAUCUGCAACAUCAAUACCAAUUGUACCAGAAUGCGCUACCAAGGCUGGGAAGAAACGAAGGACAGAAACCGACAAUGACUCGACUACUACCGAGCCCUAUUUGGAUGAAGUCGCCGACGGAAUAUCGCCGAAUAGGGAUAUUGAGAAGACGGUCGACAAUUCUAGAUCAACAUUCGAGACUUCUCAACAUAAUUCUUCGAGUUCUCCUGCGCCGCCUUCGCGUGAAAUCGUCGUUCAACACCAGGCGCCAGCAAAGGAUGUUCACGAUCGCCGUCACCACCACUCUCCAUCCAUGCGUCAAAGGUCGCCUAUGCUCCACCCAUCCAGCUCACGGUCUCCUUCGUCGAGGUCAGUCACGCUGACUGAACAGGUUGAUCCGUCGUAUUCUCCGUCUGACUCUCCAAAUACGGACGGAAAGUCUAGAACACUGCGAGUUGGAGCGCCUACGAAAGUUGCUGGCAUCAACAGCCAUCAUGAAAUGGACGACGAUCUUGAAGAAGAGGAAGAAGACAGGGAUGACAAGGACGAUGAACUCGGACUUGAAAGUGAAGACGAGGUAGACGACGUCUGUCAUUACUGUCGAUCGCGCAACGUCUACGCCAAGAUGAAAUGCACAAACAUGAAGGCUAACGGCGUUUGUCCGCUACAUUACUGUCAUCGAUGCUGUGCCAAGUUCUUUCCCAAAAUCCACUUCGACCCCUUCUCAGGAACCUUCGUCUGUCCAUCAUGCGACGAUACCUGUUCCUGCAAAUUCUGCUGUCGACGCCGUCGUGUUCCCGAACCGCGUAAGCCGCCUCAAGCAAGACUUAAAUAUUACGAACUAGGACCUCCCUUACUCCUCUCUGCUCAAGAAACGCGCCGAGAAGAACGUCGUAAACAGCUCAAAGCGGCUGGGAGACCUGACCUUGCGAAGCUCGUGGGGCAGAAUCAACAGAUUAAGAGGAGACCGCGUCCGAAGAUAAAGGUUCAUGAGGCUGGCGAUGGGCGUGAUGGGGAGAAAGGGAGAAGGAAGGUGGAUAUUGGUGAGGAUGCUGAGGAGUGGUUCAAGCAACGACGUUUGGAACGCGCAAAGCAGUUCAGUGGAAAGACAACAACGACAAACGAUAAUUCUGUUGGACGUGCAUUCGUUGGUUCUUGGUCACGUGCAUGGGGACCUGCUCCAGGUGUCAUACACGAAAUGGACGGCGUUGACGUUGACGUUCAUGCGGUCAAUGGUAUGGGUAAGGGAAAGGCGAAGUGUGUGGACCAAGGGCGAAGGCUAUACGCUGGUGAUCCCAAGGGGUUGUUCCGACCUUUCGUAUGUGCAGACGACGUCGUCUUCACGAAGUCCGAAUCCAAGCCCAAGCCCGACGAAUCGUUGACGAAACAAUCUCCUGUACGAAGCCUAAAUCCUCCACCCUCCGAAGUUAUACACGAUUCGAUUAUCGUCACCUCCGGUCCGCGAAAGAAAAGACGACGCGUCGGGAAUCCAAUCACCCCGAUCGAUUCGAUCACAAUUCCGCAGUUUACGAUUAAUCACCAGGAAACUAGUGCGACAGCUUUAUCCAGCACUGAUUUGUCCUCGCAGCCAACUCCGGAUGACUUCCUCGGACCUCCAGAAAUUGUUGACGGUGAUGGCGACGGCGACAACACGAACGCAUACUUACGUUACCCUAGAAUCGUUAAUGACCCGAUGUUAAGUGGGGUCGGAGACACUUCUGAUGGACUAGGUUACGGGCCUACGCCUGUAUCUGGGUUUUGGAAUGAGAAUGGGAUUGAAAUGGCUGAUGGUAACAUCAAGGAGAUGAACGCGUAUGCGCCGGACUGGGACAGUCUCGGUCCAACCACUAAUAAGAAGGCGGAGCCGUCUACGACGUUAUUUGGCGAUGGAGAGGCUGAACCGGAGUUCUCUUACGACGGUGUAUACGACGAGUACGCUGCUGCUCUAGGCAUCACCAGAGAAGGCGAGUCGAUGUUCAAUCGCGAGCGACGGGUCUCUCAAGAACUUCCUGUCAUUAAGAUGGGCGGAGGAUCAACAACGACGAACGCAUCGCGUGACGGACCCUCAAAAGCGUCGGGUACUCCAGCUGACGUCGCCUCUAUCGUUGAUCCAGCCCUUCUCGCACAAUCACAACAACAACAAUCUACCUCCCACCCUACCUCAUCCCAUUCGCGUGCAAAUUCAAACUCCUCUCCCACCUCACCUUCUGAGCCGGAUCCUUCCCGAUUCCUCACUGUGCAUGCACUCUCUUCCACGGAUUUCAUCUCCGCACCUAUGAUCUAUGGCAUACCCUCUUCUACUGGCCUUUCCCUAGAUGACCUCGAGCGUACUGUACGCGAGGCUGUCAGCACUGUUGGCACUGGUGCAGACGGAUGUGAAUGA